GUUGCUUAGUAACGGCUGCUUACCUCCUUCUCCGACAGCUAAAGGAAAGUUACAACCUUCAAGUUUCACUGCAAGAAACUGUCAGAAAUUCCCAGAAUAGGACCUCAGACUUAAAGCCCUUUGAACUUUGAACGAUCAGAUAAACAACUUGUGCAACAGCAGGUGUCCGUGACGGUCUGGUUCUACUAGCUACAGGAUUGGCUGGGCACCUGUGGAGCAGCUGGAAAAGAAAGGCACGGAGAUGUUAAAGUCCUCAGGCACAAAAGGAACAGGGGGACCGACAGAUGCUCACACACCAGCUGAACCUCUCCUCAUGUAUAAAGCUAAAGAGGACAAAGCACAGACUGAGGAAGAGAAUGCGAAGUGUGAAGACCUUAAGGCUCCAGUGGGGCUUUUAAUGAAGUUCCUCAGAGCUCUGAAGGACAAAUACUUCAAGCUGGCUGUUAAACUCUGUCACAUGAUUCUCAUCUACGAGCCAGACAAUCCUGAGGCCUCAGAGUUCCUCCCAUUGAUCCAGAAGAAGCUGCUGGAAGAGCAAGACGCAGAGAGAAGCAACGAGGAAGAAAGUGAUGAGGAGGAGGAUGACAUUGAUUCCGGAAGUGAUGAGGACUCCUCUCAUAGCUCAUCUUGCUCCUCUUCUUCAGCCUCAGAUGAUUGAUUGAUUGAUUGAUUGAUUGAUUGACUGAUAGUACUGAUGAUGAUCAUGAUGAUGAUUAUGAAAAGGAAAACUAUUUUAGCAGACACAAGCCAUGCCCUCCUGCUCAUAUUUACCCUUAAAGCUGUUCGACCUGUCUAGCAGGGACUAUGUUACAUAUAUUGUGUUUAUUUUAAGGCACACUGCCGCUGCCCACAGUCGCAGUCUUUUCAGUGUAGACACAGUGACAGUUACAUAUUCUCUCAUAUUUUCACCUGGAAAUAAAGUAGCUCCUGUGGACUGAGCGGAUGCCCUCAUUUCCUGAAAACGUGAACUGAUAAAUCGCUGAUAGAUCACCCGUGAAAAUAUACGGGCAAACCACACACGCUUCCUGAUAAAUCCGAUAAACCUCCGGUUGCAGGUUAACCUGCAGAAGAGACUGUAAAUGAAUCUACUUGAUCAGUGUCAUAUCCAUUUUGAGAAUGAUUAUGUGAUUAAAUGCAAAAUACCUUAACCCAUUCGAACUGAUGGUAAAAAUGCAUCGGAAAAUACAACCCUGCAGUUUUAUGACCAGACAUGCCAAAACUGAACACUAGGAACACACAGCACAUACAGUUAGCUGCUAACUGCUCAACACAAAGAAGCAGCUGAAGAGUUUCGGCCUAUAGAUGUGAUGAUAUGUAAAUGCUGCAUUCAUGUUCCUCAUUCUUGUUAAUAUAACAGAUAUUUAACAGUCAAAAAUCUUCUAAGCGGUUA